GACUUGGCACUGCCGCCAUGAUCCCAUCGCUUUGCCUCUAUGAUGUGGAUGGCGGUCAACGGGUCGUGAUGCUGAACAUGCUCACAGGCGUAGAGGACAAGGUCCGAGGGGAAGGGACGCACUUCAAGGUGCCCUGGUUGAUGCAGCCGAAGUGGUACAGCAUCCGCUCCAGACCGAAGCUCAUCCAGACCACCACCGGAACCAAGGACCUGCAGAUGGUCACGAUUCACAUCAGAAUGCUCUUUAAGCCUCAAAUCGAAGGGCUUCCCAUCAUCCACAAGACCCUCGGAGAGGACUAUGAUGAGCGUGUCCUUCCGUCCAUCGCCAACGAGGCAAGGGCGGCCAAGCCGGACAUGAGCCGAAUGGAUCGUGACGCACUUAUAUAUGAAGAGGAGAAGAACUUGUCCUAUCCCAUGAGAAGUAAGAACCUUGUUGCCACCUAG